AUGACGCUGAGCGAUGUUGAGUCAGCACACGGAAAGGGCUUGCUACCAGAAGGUUUUGCUCCUUCAGAUCUGGAUGAUGCAACCAGAUCACCUGGCUGCCAAUUCCUGGUGCAAGUGGGGCUGUGGACGAGCUCCUUUUUCGAAGGCCACGUGGAUAGUCUUCGUGACACUCUGUCACUUGCGCAGACAGCUUGUCAAGGCAGCGCCCUUUUUGACCAUAUGCGCCCGUUCUUUGUGGAUGGAGUCACAUACUUGGAUUUGGUCAUGAAGGGGAAAGUCAAGUCAGAGGUGCACAGCCCCAAGCCCAGACAGGCCGCCAAGCGACCUCUGCCUCUGAAAGAUAUCCCGCUCCAGCUCAACUUCGACCAUCCGCCAGCAGCAGCCGACCUGGACUUGACUGAUUGGUUUGUUCGUGAGGACGUGAAGCCUUUGGAGGAGGAACUUGAGCGGGCAAGACAGCACCCGCUGUUUGAGCUUUUCUUCGUGGAGGCGAAGGCGAGGAUUGCAGCAGAUGGUGAUGAUGAGGAUUGGUGUUUCGGGGACUUCAAUGGUUGCCCUGAUGGAGAUUUGGAAGAUUUUCUUGAAUUCCUGCGUCGCCAACAUGGUAUUUCGGAAGCCCCGGCAGAGCUUGGUCAGCCACCCAUUGAGGCCGCUCCAAAGCCUGCAGACGAGGCACCACCCUCAGCAGACGCAGACCCUGGUCAGCCACCCUUUGAGGCCGCUCCAAAGCCUGCAGACGAGGCACCACCCGCAGCAGAGGCAGACCCUGGUCAGCCACCCUUUGAGGCCGCCCCAAAGCCUGCAGACGAGGCACCACCCGCAGCAGAGGCAGAGCCUGGUCAGCCACCCUUUGAGGCCGCUCCAAAGCUUGCAGACGAGGCACCGCUUGGUCAGCCACCAGAAGCCGCUCAGCAAGUGGCACCCUGUGAGGCAGAUGCGCCACAAGGCGUUCCACCUGGUGAAGCGCCCGCGCCAGUCGUUACACCUGAUGUGGCGAAUCAGGGCGGCAUUGAGGGUGCAACCGCUCUGGACUACACUGUUCGCCCGAGGGGCGUUGAUGUUCUCCGCAGGCAUUUCAAGAAAGCAGGAGCCAGCACGUUUGAGGUGGAACGGGCCCGGGCGUUGGAUCACCCACUGUUCUCUGAGUUCUGGAAAACCAAGAAAGCUGAAGGCCGUGAGAUUGCAACCUGGGCGUGUGCCACGCAGGAAGAAGUCAAACGAUUCCAGGAUCUCCGGGGUUUCUUGGUGUGGCUGCACGACAAGUCGGGCAAGUCUCAAACUGAAGGCCCAGACGCAGUUGUAGCUGCGCGCUUGCGCGGGGAAGAUUUGGAAGGGUUGUGCAAAGCAAGUGCAGAUCAGGCCGCAGCAGAUGCUGAGGCAGUGCCACCCAACCAAGACUUUGAGGAGACAGUUGCAGAACCAGCUUCUGCGGCCGAUGUGGAAAAAGAAUUUGAGAACAAGCGCGUGCCAUCAGCCCCAUCAUCGGCAUCUGCGUCCACGGCACCCACGGCUACUCCCUCUGCUGAGCCUAAGCCGCAGCCCGCCAAGCGUCGCAGGAUGAAGGCCAAGGA